AUGCUUCUGAAAAAUGUAACUGCUUCUAAUGGACAUUGCAAUGGCACAUACUACAGCAUUGUCAGUUUACAUGAUCAUGUUAUUGAGGCUGAGGUUGCUUCUGGUCCUUAUGCAGGAUCAACUGUGCCGAUCCCAAGAAUACCACAUGUAUCUCAAGAAAUGGCAUUUCCAUUCAUAUUUACAUGUAAACAAUUUCCUGUCAAGCCAGCUUUUGCCUUGACGUGCAACAAAGCACAAGGAUAUACUUUUUCACAAAUUGGAAUAUAUCUUCCGACACAAUUCUUCUCACAUGGUCAACUGUAUGUUGCAUUAUCUGGAGUUCGAAAGAAGGCUAACGUAAAAAUAUUGGCUGAGAGAAAUGGAAACAGUAUGAUUACUGACAAUUGUAUCUACAAGGAGAUACUACUUUAA